UUGUUUUUUGGUAUUCUAUUUUUGUUAGCAGAGUACGAGAUUUUUGUUCCUCUAGGCUUAGACUAUGGGUGAGGCGGUGAUUAGCAGUGAGGAUUUCGACCUCAACACGCACAACCAGAGGAAGAGGAGGAAGGAGACGGCGGAGGAGGAAAUAGAAGAAGAGCAACGGAAGGAGUCGGAGAUGGAGAAGGAAGGUAGUAAGUUGGUUAUGAGGUGGGAGAACUUGUUUCCGAAGAUGGCACUGAGAGUUUUGUUGGUUGAAGCUGAUGAUUCUACUAGGCAGAUUAUAGCUGCUUUACUUAGGAAAUGCAGCUAUAAAGUUGUGGCUGUUCCUGAUGGCUUAAAGGCAUGGGAGAUGCUGAAAGGAAGACCCCAUAAUAUAGACCUCAUUUUGACAGAAGUGGAUUUACCUUCAAUAUCUGGAUAUGCCCUUCUUACUCUAAUUAUGGAGCAUCAGAAUUGCAAAAGUAUACCAGUUAUAAUGAUGUCCUCACAGGAUUCAGUUAGUACAGUUUAUAAAUGCAUGUUGAGAGGUGCUUCUGACUAUCUUGUUAAGCCCAUCAGGAAAAAUGAACUGAGAAAUUUGUGGCAGCACGUAUGGAGAAGAAAAUCUCAGUCUCUUGAAGGAGGAAAUGGUACCCAAGAUGAAAGUGUUGGGCAGGAUAAGGUUGAGGCUACUUCUGAAAAUAAUGCUGCCAGUAAUCAUUCAAGUGGUGACAUGGCUUGUAUUCAAUAUGAUAAAGAAUUUGUUGAGAAAGGAAGUGAUGCUCAGAGCUCUUGUACAAAGCCAGAUGUCGAAGCUGAGAGUGCCCACGUGGAAAAUACGAGGGACAUUUUGCAGCCAGAUUUGGGCAAAAUUUUUCUAAAAGACAUAACCAUGCAGAAACAUGAAGCACACAGGGAUUGUGGUCAGAUUUUACUUUUGCAUGAGAGUGAAGCUGGGGGAUCAGCUGUGGCUGCCUGCAAAGAUUCUAAUCGAAUGACUGUCAAUGAGCGUGUUGUACCAGAAAGUCAAAGAAUGGAUUCUAAUAACACCUGUGAGCCCCAUGACAACAAUCAUGUGCGUGUUAUCUCGUCUAGGAAAGCUAUAGAUUUCAUGGGAACAUCUGCUAGUCACAAUUCUUCUUCAGAUAAUGCCAAAAGCAAGUUUGAUUGUUCUCCACAUUUGGAUCUGUGCUUGACUAGAUGUCAUCCUGGUGGCUUUGAGAUCCAAGUUACUGGAGAAAGACAUACUCUCAGGCAUUCUAAUGCUUCAGCUUUUACACGGUAUACUAACAGGCAAUUGCAGAACAUACAUUCAACAUUGGGAAAUUGUUCUAAUCAGAAGGAACUUGGAGCUAAUUCUGAGAGAAAACUGUCCAGCAAUGUUAGUGACUACAACCCCGAUAAUCCAGGUCCACCUAUUGAAAGAAGUAUCGCUUCUCUUGCAAAUUGUCAAACCAAAGAGUCUGAAAUUGCAAAUUCUUGUGCUCAACAAAGAGCAUUUCCAAUCCAAAUUCCAGUUAAUGGCAUAAACUUUAAUAAUCUAUGCACCAGCUAUGGUUCCGUAUUUCCUCCAAUUUUCUGUAAACAAUCAGGUGCGUCACCAAUAGUGAGUCCAAGUUCAGGCAGCCAGCUGGAACCCAACCCCAAAGUAAAUCCAUUUUAUCCGUCCAGUUUCAAAAGUUCUGAACUCUAUGAUCACUUUGGUCAAACUCCAAAUGGUUCCACCAAUAUAUCUCUGCAAAAGCAAGACUACAAGUUGGAGUCUUUGGAGGACCGAGAACGUAUUUCUCCUGCCACUGAUCAAAGUGCAACUAGCAGCUUUUGUAAUGGUGCUGCAAGUCAUCUUAACAUGGGUUACGGAAGCACUUCUGGAAGUAAUAGCAAUGUUGAUCAGGUUGCUGUUGUCAGGGCUGUUGCUGAGAGAAAAAGUGAAGGUGUUUUACAAAAUGUAAAUUCACAUCGAUCCAUACAAAGGGAAGCAGCUUUAUCUAAGUUUCGGUUGAAACGGAAAGAUAGAUGCUAUGAGAAGAAGGUCCGCUAUGAGAGUAGAAAAAAACUUGCUGAGCAACGGCCCAGAGUGAAAGGACAAUUUGUUCGUCAAGUGCAACACCCACCUGCAGAAAUAGAGCAGUAGCAUGGCAGAUCUAUAGAUGGCUAGCAAAUAUGUUCAUACAGUUGAUCGGGAUGGAAUCCACAGAUCCUAGAUGAGGAAUUCAUUGUUUCUGGCCUUUUCUUUCUAAGGUAUGACAGAGGAAAGAUGAGUAGGAAAAUGGCCAAGGAAUAUAUGUGGGACUAAUGAUCAUCGGUCGGGUGUGGAGUUCCCAGCCAUAUUGCCAGAGCCAUUUUGGACCCACUUUGCCUUCUCAAGAUAUUUGUCAUUUUUGUGCAUACAACUUAAUGUCCCUACCCUUUGUAGAAUAGGUUUGUAGCAUUCUAGUUGAGAGGUUCUCCUUUGUAUAGUUUGGGAAGAGUUGUCUUGAGUCAUUUUCGUUUUUGCUUAGAAUUCAGCAUAUAGGUUUUCUCAUACAAAUCUCUGGUAGAUGAUUUAGUACCUGAGCUUCGAGGCAACUUAUUUUCUUCAACUUGUCACUUUGUUGUUGUCGACAAGAGUUGGAACAAUGGUUUUUCUUUCUGGUACUUAUUGUUUGUUGAUUCUGGUAAGUGAUGAUUCUGUGCAGUGUAUUGUAGUAACUACAGACACUAUACAAAGGUUGAUAUACCUGGACACUGAACAUGGAGUUAGUGUAAUAUAUAUGUCAUUCUGAAUAAGAAAAAAAAAAGCUACUGAAUUUCUAAAUUUCA